GCAAACUUGGUAAAGAAGGCUGUCUACUUUGUACUUGAUUCCACGCGCCAAAAAUGAAGAAAGAAGACAGUCCAAAAGGAACAUUGCGGAGAAGCUUUGCAUUUUGACAAAGAAGACGCGUUAAUCAUAGAAUCACAUCCAAAUCUCUACUUAUUUAAUUGAGCGCCAAAAUCACCUUUCUAUCUGUCUCUGUUUUUUUUUUUGUACGUUUAUCUCUUCUUCUUUUUUUUUCUCCCACAAAAAUCACACUAAUACUACUUCGGGUUCUUGUACUCAUAUACUUGUCGUUUCUUUACACAAUAUAUAAAUCGCUUAGAACUUAUCGAGAUAUCGCUGCUUCCAUUUUUUUUUUCUCUCCUGAACCUCUCUAUUUCAAAAUACUUUUAAAUGGAAGCAUUUCCUUUGGACAAAAAAUAUGAUGAUAUUGAGACAAAGGCAUUGAAAGGUUUGUCUGAGCCCUUGAGCUCAUUUUCUCUUCAAGAUGUAACUUCUGCUUAUCACAAGGCAGACAGGAAUGUAGAUUUGGCUGGUGAACCCCUGUAUGACAUGCAGGGAAGUGCCUCAACCUCUUUAUCAUCUGCACCCAAUGGAGAGGCAAGGGGUGUAGAAUUUCUGAGACCAUCAUAUGGCAAUAUUUCUGAGCAAUCACAUCCUGCAAAUGGGAAGUUCAGAGCUCCCAAGCAAAAAUGGCGUCCUGUCUCAGGAGGCACUGUUUCAAGCAUUCUUGGCAAAGAUUAUAUGAAGUCUGUGCCAGCAGGCAAUGGUACUUGUAUGGGUACCAAACCAAUGAAAUUGGAUGCGAAGGUGUUGCCAAUGUCUGAAUUAUGGGGAGAGGAACCUGAAAUGAAUUCAUCAAGGAAUGCACACAUGCAAAAAGACGUUGAAGACUUUCUCUUCAAAAUGCUAGGAGAUGGCUUUCAAUUGGAUAGAGAUGUGAUUCAUCGAGUUCUUGAUCAAUGCGGAUAUGACAUGCAGAAGAGCAUGGAAAGAUUGCUUGAUUUUUCAGCAAUCACUUUGGAUGAAGGGAACAAAUGUCCUGGUGAAUCCACUGAAAAGAUUGUAGGUGUGCAUUCAAAUUCUAAAGAAUCUUCAUGCGAAAAAAGAAGUCUGCCAAUGAGCUCCCUUAUGGGCUUGUUUUCAUUCAGUUAUGCAAAUGGGACUUCAAAUAUAAAUGAGGGAGGAUUGCUGAAAGAAGAGGAGAGAAAUGAAGUCCAAAAGGAAGUGUUGGUUGCAUUGUUUAAUGCUCCUGAAAGAGCUGAGGAGCUAUCUAGAAGAAAAGCAAGGGCGGGAACGAGGUCUAGGGCAUUCGGAGAGCUCGUGGUUGAACCUCCAACAGACUUUAUCUUAGAACCAAAUUCUCAUCCAAUUGGUUCAAAGCUAGACAAUGACAACAAUGUAGAUGAGGAGGAAGAGGAUAGUUAUCAGCUGCUUCGCAGAGCUGUAAAGGAAUAUCGGGUCACAAUGAAAGAAUAUUAUAAAGCUGCUGUCAAUGCAUUUGCUAAUGGAGAUUAUGAUCGAGCAAACAAACUGAUGGAUAAGGGGCAUUUCUUUCAUGAAAAGGCUCGAAAGGCAGAUGAAGAGUCCAGUCAGAAGAUUUUUGAAACCAAAAAUGUAGAUACCCGAGACGAAUUAACGCUUGACCUGCAUGACCAUGGUGCUAAGGAGGCGAUGCGCCUUUUGAAGUGUCAUCUUUCUUCACUUUCCGGAAUUGCAUCAAUUAAGUACCUGAAGGUCAUCAUUGAGACAGAUGAGGAAGAUACCUCAAAAGGUGCCCGUAGAAGAGUGGUUAUGAAACUCUUAGAGAAGGAAUCCAUUAAGUGGAGCGAAGGAGGAAAUGCUGGAUCGAUAUUAGUUCGUUUAGACAAUAUCAACCAAAAAGGUUUGAGUUUUGCUAAAAGGGGUUUCUGAAAAGUUACAUAUAUUCUUUUUAUUCUUUCAACAAAUUUACUGGUUAUUCAAGAUUGAUUGGCAAGAAAAGGGAAAGGAUGCAAUGCAUGCAACAGAAGUUAUUUUUCUGUUGUGUUGGUGCCUUUUAAAAGUCGGCAAUUCAAUUCGUGUCAGAAACUUGGUACAUUUUUUGAGCUUCUUUCUUGUAUCUCUUGAAACUCGCACAGACUGGACCUACAGGGUGAUGGUGCAUUAUUUCGCUUGAAUUUGAAUUUUUGGAUUUUGGUUGUGGGAAGUAGGCCUUCAUAAAUAUUAUCUGGAAUUUUAUUAUGAAGAAGAAGAAGCUAUAAGCAAAACAAUAAAGUUUUAAUGGAUGACAAUAUCAA